AUGGGUCAAAUUGUCUCACAAUAUGUGUUUGCUCCUCCAAAACCAACCUAUGAUGAACAUCAUCCAUAUCCCGUAACUUUUCUCACAACAAAAUCAAAAAAGAUGAUUCCUUGCUAUUAUAUGAAGGCAAACAAGGACACUCCAACCACCAUUAUUUAUUCUCACGGAAAUGCUGCUGAUAUAGGCGCUAUGUUUGAUUUUUUGGUUGUAUUGCGUGAUUAUUUGAAUGUGAACGUACUUCAUUACGAAUAUGUUGGUUAUGGACUUGCAAAUCAAUAUCAACCAUCGGAGAGUGAUACGUAUGAGAGCGCUGAAGCUGCAUAUGAAUAUUUAACAAAAGCUCAAAAGGUGAAUCCAAAAGACAUUGUAAUAUUCGGAACGUCUGUAGGAAGUGGUCCGUCAUGCUAUUUAGCAAAUAAGUAUCCUAUUAAGGGUCUUAUUUUAGAGUGUCCAUUUGUAUCAAUUUGUCGUAUUGUUUCACAGAGCGUAUUUUUGAGACCUGUUGAUAUGUUUUGUAACAUUAAUAGAAUUCCAAAUGUCAAAGCUCCUGUAAUCAUUUUCCACGGAACAAACGACGAUGUCGUCCCUUACGAUCAUGGAAAAGAACUAUAUAGUAACGUGCAAAAGCAGUAUCAAUAUAAAUUCAUUUCUAUUGAAAAUGGAUCUCAUCAUGACAUCAUUGAGAGGUUAACACUUAAAACAUACAUUCAAACGCUAAGAGGAUUCCUUGCUUACUUGGAUAAUUCAAAUCAAGAAAAACCAUCUCAAUAA